CUCUCUCUCUCUCUCUCUCUCAUAAAGAUGGGUACGUUAAAACUAAAAAGCCUUUCAUUCAACAUAUUUCUCAUUGCGUUGUUAGUUUGUCCUUUUUCCAUAAGAACUUGCCAUGCUAGACAAGGGAAACAGUACUGGCCGAUGCCAAACAAGUACUUCCCUACGUCGAUGAACAACUACAACUUUGCACCGGAAAAGAUCAGCGGCGAUAACUCUGCCAUUUUCAAUGUGUUGGACUAUGGUGCCAAGGGCGACGGACGAGCAGACGACACGAAGGCCUUUGAAGCAGCAUGGGAAGCGGCUUGCAAAGUGAAGGCAUCAACAAUAACUGUUCCAUCCGGGUCUGUGUUCCUUGUCAAGCCAAUCUCUUUCUCUGGUUCUGGUUGUCAGCCUGAUAUUGUAUUUCAGUUGGAUGGCAAAAUUAUAGCUCCAACAGACUCAGGGUCAUGGGGUUCAGGUCUUCUACAAUGGAUUGAGUUCGCAAAGCAUGACGGAAUUACAAUCAAAGGCAAAGGGAUUAUUGAUGGACAAGGUUCAGUAUGGUGGAAUGACUCGCCUACAUACUAUCCUACAGAUGACUUUACAUAUAACAGUUCCGAGGAUUUGCAGCAGACAGAGAGUAACAGCGGGAAAUUGCCAAACACCAAACCGACGGCCCUCAGGUUCUAUGGAAGUAAUGGUGUGACGGUCACUGGGAUAACGAUUCAGAACAGUCCUCAGACCCACCUCAAAUUCGACGAUUGCACAAAUGUUCAGGUUUUCAGCGUUGGUGUAUCAUCACCUGAAAGCAGCCCCAACACAGACGGAAUCCACCUACAGAACUCCCAAGACGUGGUCAUCUAUAACAGCAAUCUUGCUUGUGGAGAUGACUGCGUAUCUAUACAAACUGGGUGCUCAAACGUAUACAUACACAAUGUCAACUGUGGACCUGGACAUGGAAUCAGCAUUGGAAGUCUGGGGAAGGAUAACACCAGAGCAUGUGUUUCGAAUAUCACCGUCCGAGAUGUCAAAAUACAAAAUACCUUAACUGGAGUCAGAAUUAAAACGUGGCAGGGAGGGUCAGGCUCAGUGCAAAAUGUUAUGUUCUCCAACAUCCAAGUUUCUGAAGUAAAAACUCCAAUAAUGAUAGACCAAUUCUACUGUGACAAGAGCAAGUGUGCAAACGAAAGCUCAGCUGUGGCAGUGUCGGGCAUAAAUUACAUAAAUGUUAAAGGAACUUACACAGAGAAACCUGUUCAUUUUGCCUGCAGCGAUAGCUUGCCUUGCACUGGCGUGUCUCUAAACACCAUACAGCUAAAUUCCGUCCAAGAAAGCGAACACCUGUCUGGUCCUUUCUGUUGGGAGGCAUAUGGAGAGCUGGAGACUGCAACUGUCCCUCCAAUUGACUGCUUGAAGACAGGCAAACCUUCGGGUGCCACAGUGCAGUCUAAGAGUGAUUAUUGCUGAGCUGAGCUU